ACCUUCACAUGACUUUACUUGCGUGUGACUUACAUUCCUCAAGUGGUUCUCGCUCCUUGUCAAACGGUAGUAACAGUUACAGUGGUGUAAACAGCGUCUAAACAUUUUUCUAGUACGGUCGAGCUGUAAAUUUGCCAAACGUUUUGCUUCUUGCUGGCGUCUUUAUCAACUCUUCUAGUUUGUAUGGAUAGAGAGCCGAGGAGAGUGCUGCCUAAAGUUUUUCACUCGACUGCCAGUUCCUAGGGAUUUAAACUAAAUGGAUACGAGAUAGUUUUCGCAGUUAGUAAUGGCUGAGCACAUACCACCAGAUUUAAGAAGCUUCUUCUUCCUAUAUGAUGGAUCAAAAGUGAGGGAAGAGGAGGACCCCACAAGAAAAGGAAUUUGUUAUUUUUACCCCGAAGAGACUCCCAUAGACAAACAGGAGUUACUUUGUGGACAGUUGGCUGGAGCAGGACGCUGUGUGUCUGAACUGUCCUCUUCACCUGUGCAUGUGCUUAGGCUACGCAAGAAUAAGUUUGCAAUUCGCAUGAAGGAUGAUUUCUUUUGGGCUUUGAGCUGCUCUGUUGAUGUCCCCACUGCGAGUGUCUGUGAACUCCUGGAUCACCUAAUUAGCCUGUUUUGUUUCUACAAUGGUUCUGUGCGACAAAGCUACCAGCUGUACAGACAAGAUACUUUGGCUGCUCGAUGGGCACAGUAUCUCUCACACCACCAAGGAUCCACUGAUCUUCACCACAUCUUCAGCUGCAUGAAAACUAUUGAUUCAACAAAUGUUGACCCACUCCUACUGUUAAAAGCAGCUCUCAUUCUUCAAGCUUGCCAACGGUGCCCUCUUGUGUUGGCAGGCUGUAUCCUCUUCAGGGGAAGAGUUGUUAGCACUCAGAUGUCACCAGCACUCACAAUGAAGGUCAUGGUUCAUGAGAGUGAAACUUUUAUCAAGUCCCAAAGACACAGUGGUACAAGCGGCUCUAGUUCAUUGGGUGAAUCCAUGAGCUCAGUCCCUGUGUUUCUGACCACAUCAGAGUUGCAUUAUCUACAGUCUGCUCCAGUUGACAAGGAAAUCAAGGCCCACUCCACUCCAUGCAAAGAUUCCCAACCAAGGAAGCCACGUUUAUCACGAACUUUAUCAGAUACCCUCUCAACUGACUCCGACCCAUCUGACCCAGGAUCCUCCCAGUCCCCUCUAAAAAGCCCCUGCAGUUCUUGUAGGUCUUCAUCUGAUAAUGCGUUUAGUCCUGGCAAUGCUGACCAGCUUCUAUCCUCAAACUCUCCUCUCCCAAAUGGCAAACUCGAGGAACAUGAAGACUCUUUUUACCACAGUUUUCACACUAAUGGUGGUGAUAUUACUGAUAAUAGUAUGAAUAGUUUGGGGCUGGAGGCAAACUGUAUAAAUGGCGGAACAGAAGGAUAUUGCAGAAGAAUGCUGGAUUUCAGAGGAGCUGGUGAGACACAGGCUUCACAUGAUGGGUCGAUGAGGAGGAAGAGUGAUCACAUGUUGCCCUCUAGUGGUACAGGAUCACCUGACAGCCAGCAUAAUGACUCCCUGGUGCCCAUGAUGCUGUAUCUUCAUCGAGUCAAAGGGCUUGUGUUGGCCCUGCUAGUGGAGAAGCACUUUCUGGAUGACUCUGCUUCCAUGGAGGAAGUGUAUCACAGCAGCUUGGCCGCACUCAAUGGACUGGAGGCUCAUUUGAGGAGUGUCUCUCCAGGACCCCCAGCCGCUCAGGGACCCUACAUUUUUGCCCAUUUUGACUCCAUUCAGAGCACGCUGACAUCCAACUUGUCUGGUCGUCCUGGAGUAGUCCAUGAGCGUCCCUUUGUGAGGGCCACUUCACUCCUUCACUCGCAUUUCUGUAACACUGAAACUCUGCAGGAGGCUAUUAUCAGGAGUGCAGGUGCUGCUGUGUAUGGGACCCGCAGUGUGGCACAGGAGACAUAUUUCCUCCAACACGGCGGAUCAGUGAAAAACUCAGGCAUCCCAAACCAUCAGGACAGUGCCUUUUCUCUGCCCACCAAGGCCCGCCACAGACUGCUCAAACACGGGAUCAACCUGCUUUAAUGGCACAUCCUUUAAGGUUUUACAUGUGAAUUGUAUGUCAAACAGCACAUAUCAUUUUAUUUUGUAAUAGAAUUGCUCUUAAGACAUGUGCAAAAUUAUUUACUGUUAAAAUAGUUUACAUUUAGUUUAGUUUUUUAUAUAGUCUUGUCUGUGUCCAGUGCAAUUGUACAUCUCAUAAAAAACAUUAUUACAAGUGUAAAUAGUGUGUACAUUUAUCGGCAAAUUAAGAUGUCUUUAUGUUCUGUCUGUUUAAUGAAUGUAUUGUACAUACAACGUAGACUUGGAGUAGACAUGUCUACAAGAUCGAAAACUUAGAAGCAGCAUUUUUGUGUUAAAUACUUGUUAUUCUCAAGUAUUGUCUAAUUUAUUGCUUACAAAGUCUCUAAAAAGUUUUAUUUUAUAGUCUAUAAACUAUAUAAGCUAUUUCUCAGUCUGUAUGCAUGCUAUGUUUAGGAUAUAAACCCUAUACUGUAGCAUUGAUGCUUAUAACGUAAUUACGAUAAUUAAACGAGUUCACUAUCUUCUUUUUCAUACUGU